AUGGAUGCAGAAUCUGGGAUCAACAGAACAGCUAUCACUGAGUUCAUCCUACUGGGCCUAGUGGAAACAGAGGAGCUACAGACCAUGCUGUUUGUGCUCUUCUUCUUUGCCUACCUGCUCACAGUAGGGGGCAACCUCAGUAUCCUAGCAGCCGUCUUGCUGGAGCCCAAACUCCACACCCCCAUGUACUUCUUCCUGGGGAACCUCUCGGUGCUGGAUGUCGGGUGCGUCAGUGUCACUGUCCCCCCAAUGUUGCAUCAUCUGGUGUCCCACAAGCAUACAAUUUCCUAUAAUGCUUGCCUCAUGCAACUCUUCUUCUUCCACCUGUUGGCUGGCACAGACUGCUUCCUGCUGACGGCCAUGGCUUAUGACCGAUUCCUAGCCAUCUGCCGGCCCCUCACCUACAGCACCCGCAUGAGCCACACUGUGCAGAGGACACUGGUGGCUGUGUCCUGGGCAUGUGCCUUCACCAAUGCACUGACUCACACUACUGCCUUAACUACCCUCAACUUCUGUGGUCCCAAAGAGGUCAAUCACUUCUACUGUGACCUCCCACAGCUGUUCCAACUCUCCUGCUCCAGCACUCAACUCAAUGAACUUCUUCUCUUUGCUGUGGGCUUCCUCAUGGCAGGUGGACCUGUGGUUCUCAUCAUCGGUUCCUAUAUUCAUGUCGUGACUGCAGUUCUACAGAUCCGAUCAACGGAGGGCAGGAAGAAGGCCUUCUCCACGUGUGGCUCCCACCUCACUGUGGUUUGCCUUUUCUAUGGGACAGGUAUCUUCAACUACAUGCGCCUGGGUUCAGAGGAGGCCUCAGAUAAGGAUAAAGGGGUAGGGAUUUUCAACACUGUUAUCAACCCCAUGCUAAACCCACUCAUAUACAGCCUCAGAAACCCAGAUGUUCAGGGUGCUCUGUGGCGAGUGUUUGCAGGAAGAUGGUCACUGAGCUGA